ACCCAGUACAACCUCAAUAAAUUUUCUAUUUACGCUGACUAUGUGAUCCAAUUACGCUCUGUAUCAAUAGACGUGUGUAUGUUUGGGGAGACCAGAUUCACCUGAAUACCUGCCGAAGAUGGACACACGCUGGGGGACCCUUGGAGGGUUUCUUCUGUUGCUGACUAAGGUCUGCACAGCACAGAACACAGGUUUAGUUGUGUCCGAUUUACCAAACACUUUAUGGCAUUAUGGAGGGAUGACCACGUUUGAAGGUUACAUCAACCAGUUCUCCACCAACCAAAAAAUCACAGAACACACAAUGGCAUUUAGAUAUUACGACUUUGAAAUAAUGAGUAUGGAGUGGGAUGGCAACCACACCUUGUACUUCAUGGAGGGUUUAUCUAAAGCUAUUUUCAAACUGGAGAAUUUUAAUAUAUGGAUGAACCAUUCCCUCUUUGGAUGGGUGUAUGAAGUUCACGGCGGGAUAUCUUAUACUAUAUCCAGUAGAAUUGCUUUUGAUCAUGUAGCAGGGAAUAUGUAUUGGACAGAUGCGUUAUAUAACUGGAUAGCUGUACAACCAGUGGACGCUAAUGAUAAUUCUGUGUAUAAGGUCCUUAUUAGUGACCAGCUUUCAACACCUGGGGCCAUUGCUGUAGAUCCAAACAACAGAUUUCUGUUUUGGUCAAACAAUGGAGCCUCUGCCUUCAUCGAACGCUCUGAUUUGUCAGGAAAGAACAGACAGAUAAUAGUUAAGAACCUUCUUUGGGUUCCCGAUAUGAAAUGUGAUCCCAAUCCCUCGAAAAGGACGAUAUACUGGGUAGACAACUACAGGAAUACCCUGGAAAGCAGUGAUUACAACGGGGGAAAUCGGAAAGUUAUCUACCGUUCUACUAAUAUUAAUCUUUUCAUCACCAACAUUGUGGUGUACAGGAAUGUCAUAUGUGGAACUGAGUAUGAUGAGGAAUUUGUAUUCUGUGUUGGGAUUGAUUCCGGACAGGAGACGUGGCGAAAUGAAUUCUCAUGGGAAGUCCCCUGGGGACUGACCGCACUAGCAGACAAAACUACCACCAGUACAGAUUCAUGUAAGGAUAAAGGAUGUGAACACAUCUGUACAAACUCCCUCAAUGGAGCUGUCUGUCAUUGUAAAGAAGGAUAUAUUCUUAAUCCAGAUAACACAACUUGUAAUGCAUCCCACUCUGCGCAUGGCAAAGCGAUAAUAUUUUCCAGCCAGAACUUGUUGUGCACAGUGGAUAUCCGAAUAAUCACGUACCUAACAUCCAAUGUUUCUUGUUUCUUAACUUGGAACAAGACCAUAACACACAUAGCCGUGGCAGCUGAAAACUCUAAAGUUAUAUUUGCUGCCGGAAACGAGAUUGUGAUGUAUGAUCUAGUGACCAUGAAAAACACGUCUUUGGCUUCCACAGGAAAUGUUUCUGGACUGGUCUAUAGUGAUUGGGAUGACAUACUUACUUAUUAUGGUGGAUCGAUGGGCUAAAUCUCUUGACUGUUGACACCAGUAAAAAUUACAAAAACGGACUACACAAUUUUUACUGGACUCAACAGUCCAAGAGAUUUAGCCAUCGAUCCACAUAAUAAUAAACUGUAUUGGAUAUCAUUUCACGACAAUUCCAAUUCCUUGCUGCAAAUUGAAUCCGGUAAUCUUGUGGGAGGUCAGCGAAAGACGAACCAGAGUCACCUUUACUCCAACCCUUCUGGUCUGUUCUAUGAUGUUGGAAUAAAUGUAUUAUUUUGGAUUAGCAAUAAGAGAUUAACAUACAUAAGCGAGAAUAACAAAUUCCACAUCCCGACCGCACAUAGAAUGGGACCAGACACAAAGCUACUGAUUUACAAGGAUUAUUCCAUCAGCACUAAGGGUAACAAUUCUCUAAGAGUCUAUAACCUAUAUCACGAAGAAGAUGUUACUUAUCCACGUUUAAACUACAUCAGAGAAAUAACUGCCUUUGCAAUAAUGGAUCCAACAAUGCAACCAGAGGAAGAAAAUAAAUGUGACGUAAAAAAUGGAGGAUGCGAGCAGAUAUGUAUAGCAUCAGGUUCAGAGGCUGUGUGUGAAUGUGGAUUCGGAUUUGUACUUCAAGAGGAUAAACACAACUGCACAACAAAAGCAAUAGAUAAUAAUUUUGCUGUUGCUGUGGACUUUAACCACGGAAUGAUAUACCAAAUAUCCUUAAAUGACAACCCACAACUGAAGGCAGUGUCCGCGUUGGACAUUCCACAGCCGGCCGACCCACUCUCUGCUGUUUACUACAACCAUAGUGUGUAUUGGUCGGACUAUAUGGAUGAUCAAAUUCUAAAAACCGCACUUAACAGUAACAUCACAGAAAUUGUGUACACCCCGGCUAAUUAUAUUGUAUACAGCAUUGCCAUAGACCAUUCCACGGGGAACUUAUACUACACUGGUUAUCCUUACACGUGGACAAUUAUGUACUCACGUAUUGGUGUGGUCCAUUAUAAGUCUUACCGACAUAAAACCAUCCUCAACAACAUUGAAAAAGCCUACAGUCUUGCCCUUCAUCCUGCUCAAGGGUAUGUUUUCUGGAUAGAUGGGGAGGGAUCUGUUGGUAGAGCUAAUAUGGAUGGCACCAACCCACUUUUACUCAUAGCCUAUGGCAUGGUAGCGCCGAAUUCCAUCACAAUAGAUUAUAGAGAUAACAAGGUUUACUACAUAGAUAAUGACAGAAUUCAUUCUAUGACCCUUGAAGGAACAGAUAGAAAAGUCCUUCAUGUGAACUCUAUGGCUGGUUUUGCACACCUUGCUGUGAGUGGGGAUUACGUGUACGCUACUGCCACCCAUAAACAAGAAAUUAUAAAGAUAAACAAAGUAUCGGCAGUGGUUAUGGAAGGUUGGAUGACACCCAUGGCUGAAUUUGGUAGACUAGAGACCUUAAGUGUAUACAGACAAAAUGAUGUGCAGUCAGUCCAUCCGAAAUGUUCCAUAAAUAAUGGGCUUUGUAGCACCUUCUGUUUCCCACUACCUAAUUCCCGUCGUUCUUGUGGGUGCCCAGAUGGUGUAACUCUACUAGAGGAUCAAAGAACGUGCAAUGGAGUCCAAAAAUGUAAAAUGGCAGUAUUACAUGGACGCCUUGCGAACACGUGCAGUGGAUAUGUGAACUCUUCUUGUGACUACGAGUGUUCUGCUGGAUAUGAAAAAACAUUAAUCGGAAAAUUAACUUGCAACGAACACCUAAACUGGAUGCAACAAAAAACAAUUGACCCCAACACACUUUGCAAGGCAUUACCCACCACCACUGCAGCAACAACACCAACUACUACAACUACUACACGCACGACAAGUACGUCUACUAAACUUCCGCCAAACAUAAAACCUGCCGCGCUAACUCAGGACACUGGAGCUGGUGUCAGUUCGGGGACAUUUGCUGCUGUCAUUGUCAUCAUCAUUCUGGUCUUCCUCGUUCUUAUCGUCGGAAUCGUUUACUUUAUGUACAGAAGGAGGAACGUCGGCAUGUUCAGUCAUGCAAAAUUUGUCAAUUCCCCGAACGUUCCAGAUAUUUCUGUCAACAAUGAUGCUCCUGUGGAUGACCGGUAUACGUCUAUCGGGGAUAUUCACCAACCGACAACCAGUCCAGGUCAGGCUGGGAUGGAAAAUCCAUUGUAUAAAGUCAGAAACGAGGCUCCGGACAAGGACAACGUUACCAAUACCAUGUCAGAGCAAGGGUUCAAAGCAGUUGAUAUGACAACUUAUAAAUAUUAAAAGGGAGUGUGCUGAGAAUCUUUUUCAAAGCAAUAUGUGAUCACAUACAUCUCUGUUAUGAAUAUUGAUGUAUGAUACCUAUUAUUUCAUGAGCGACUGUUAAUAUGAUUUUUAAUUCUUGUCAUUAAAUCAGUGACACCACGA